CCGGCCCCUGGCGGCGCAGGCUGCGGUUUUUCGUCCUCCACUGAGUCCUGCCAGUGGCCGGAGCCCGGUGGCCUCCCGGAGACCCUCGGCGCACGGGGACAUGGCAGGCGGCCACAGCCUCCUGCUGGAGAAAGCGCAGCAAGUGGUGCUGGUGUGCUCUCGCGGUGAGCGCUUCCUGGCGCGGGAUGCGCUGCGCAGCCUGGCGGUGCUGGAGGGCGCCAGCCUGGUGGUGGGCAAAGAUGGGUUUAUAAAAGCUAUUGGUCCUGCUGAUGUUAUUCGAAGACAGUUUUCUGGAGAAACUUUUGAAGAAAUAAUUGACUGCUCUGGGAAAUGUAUUCUACCAGGUUUGGUGGAUGCGCACACACAUCCAGUAUGGGCUGGUGAAAGAGUUCACGAAUUUGCAAUGAAGUUGGCAGGGGCCACGUACAUGGAAAUUCACCAGGCCGGAGGAGGGAUCCACUUCACCGUGGAGCGCACGCGCCAAGCCUCAGAGGAGGAGCUGUUCCGCUCCUUUCAGCAGCGUCUCCAGUGCAUGAUGAGGGCUGGCACCACGCUGGUGGAGUGCAAGAGCGGAUAUGGCCUCGACCUGGAGACCGAGCUCAAGAUGCUGCGCGUGAUUGAGCGCGCCCGGCGGGAGCUGGACAUCGGCAUCUCGGCUACAUACUGCGGGGCUCAUUCAGUGCCUAAAGGAAAAACUGCUACUGAAGCUGCUGAUGAUAUCAUCAAUAACCACCUCCCAAAGCUGAAGGAACUUGGCAGAAAUGGGGAAAUACACGUGGACAAUAUCGACGUAUUUUGUGAGGAAGGUGUCUUUGAUCUCGAUUCCACCAGAAGGAUUCUUCAACGUGGAAAAGACAUAGGGUUACAGAUUAACUUCCAUGGGGAUGAACUCCACCCAAUGAAGGCUGCUGAGACUGGGAGUGAUUCUGGGGCAAAAAUCAUCUCUAAUAUGAAGGCGUUGACGGUCUCAAGUUCUCUUCUGUUCUGAACAGCUAUUCUACAAAAGUUCCCAUUCUAGAGACUGACAUAUUUUUUUCCUCGCCUUAGACUGAAACAACCUCGAGCCAGGAAGAUGUUAGAUGAAGGAGUAAUAGUUGCUCUGGGAAGUGAUUUCAAUCCCAAUGCAUAUUGCUUUUCAAUGCCAAUGGUCAUGCAUCUGGCCUGUGUAAACAUGAGAAUGUCCAUGCCUGAGGCCUUGGCUGCUGCCACCAUCAAUGCAGCUUAUGCACUGGGAAAGUCUCACACACACGGAUCGUUGGAAGUUGGCAAACAGGGAGAUCUCAUUAUCAUCAAUUCAUCCCGAUGGGAGCAUUUGAUUUACCAGUUCGGAGGCCAUCAUGAAUUAAUUGAAUAUGUUAUAGCUAAAGGAAAAGUCAUCUAUAAAACAAGAUAGAUUUGAAAAGAAAAGAUUUUUUGACUAUAUGAAAUAAGUCAAUAUAGUUAUAUUAAAAGUUAAAACACCUUAAUAUUUACCAGAAUUAUAUCACUUAAACCUAAAUGUACUUCAAUGUCUUUUUAAGUCACUCAAAAAACCCCAGAGAUAGAUUUAUUUUCAUUUAACACAUGCAUUUGACAUAUAAACAGGUAAACCUACUGUGAUUAAAAUCACAAAACAUCCAAUUAUUUCACAAAUAUUAGUUACAAAUAUUCUGUAGAUUAAUAGGAUGGGGUAUCACAAAAAUGCCUUUGUGGGGAAAAGUAGGCUUGACUUAAAAUUUCCAUUUUGUGUCUGUAUUUCACGUUUCAGUUUUUAAACUAUAUUUAGUGAACAUCGGGGAACGGAAAGAAAUCUAAGUGAUACACCCCAAUGAAGCUAAAAUAUAGCCUUCUGUUAAGCAAAUAGUAUUUCCUUUCCCCAAAUAGUUUAUUUUCUAGAUGCUUUUCAAAUGAAUUAAUGUCCUCUGAUGAAGAGUGUCCUUCCAUUUCUAAGGUCUUCUCAAUCUCAGCAACAGAGCUUCCUGGCAGCGUUCAAGACACAUCAUUUAAUACACAGGCAUAGGGACCUUCCUGAAAUGGAUGCAUUUUUUCUAACUACAAUCAUGUAAAUUUUUUUUGAAAUUUAAAAAAUUGUUGAUUCUUCACAUUACAAUUGGGUAAAACAUAUUUUACAGCUCUCAGUAAACGUUUGCUCUCGCUCUUAA